AUGGACAAGUUAAUUUCACGAAAAGCUAAGCUUGCGCAAUCAACCUCCAAGCGCAAGCAUAGAAUUGGACCCGGGUUGGAUACAAUUGGAUUACCUGCAGGUGGGUCGGCUAAUCGGGUUAUGGUCGUAGCUACCCGGGUAGAUGCGGCUGGGUCAACCCACGGGUGCAAUCUCUACGCAAACGAAGAAAAGUCUCUCGGAUACGACGAGAUAUUGUUGCGACCGGAGAAUGAAGUUCAUAUAAAGGCGAUCGGAUUCUUCACUCGUUAA